GUCAGUCUUUCGGCAACGUCCUGUACGAUCACCCACCCACCGACACGUGUCGCACGCUCUCCGAGAAAUGAUGUGUGCGUGCGUUGAGUGACCCCUCCCCUAUCCAAGCAGCAUGCACUGACAAAUAGCCACCCUCAUGGAUGCCAUCAUGGCAGUCAUCCCGCCAUUGGCGCACACGCACACGCGCACAAACGCACAGCCAAGGAGGCUCUUCGAGCCAUUAUCCUGGCGUCGUCUUCAUUCGUUCGUUGAUUCAUUCGUCAGUGCCGUCUGGCAGUGGUGGUCUCAGCAGCAGAUAGAGCGAUGGCGAAAUGAGGGGAACUGCCCAGAAGGCACCCACUCGCAAGACAUCGGAGGGCUUCCACACCUCUUUGCCGGACUGCUCGUCGACCGACGGGCCCCAUCCACGCCGCUUCAUGUCCUCGAUGAGCGGGUCCAGGAACACCAGCCACAGGAUCACAAAGUCGAUCGAUGAAGCUGCAGCACACAUCCGAUCGAUGAAGUACAUACAGGUGUUAUUGUGAGGCGUCAUCACUGACCAUUUACAAGUCGCUGCGUGAAGAAUGCCUCCUUGUAAUCCUGCCAGAGUGCCGGGAGGGUCUGCAGCCCCUCGCCUGACAGCAGCCCGCCGAGUCCCCCACCGACGCCGCUCACCACCAGCCACACCGACGCCGCCAAGAUGGCGGCGCUGGUGCCCUUGAACUCAAGCAGCCUCCCGAACCAGCCGAGAGACGAACGACCCACCGAGGACCUGAUUGGAAACGCCAUACACCCCAGUUUUUUCUUUCUUUUUCAUCGAUGUUUUCAUGUGUCGCCUCGCCUGCAUACACACCUCACCUGUACUCUCUUAUUGCCACAUAUGGCCCGAUGCCGCCAUAGCCCAGGAACUCGCUGAGAAGGAAGUAGGGGACCAGGCUCGUGCCGGCCCGCUCGAGGAAUGCCGGAAGGCGCACCGGCAGCCACGAUGGGACAGGUUGGUCUCGGGAGCCGGGCACCAGCACCGACGCGUAGAUCAAGGGAACCACGCCCAAAGAGUUGAAGUACGCCGCGAUGAGUCGGUUGACGGGGGGGUCGAGUGGCGAGGCGAUGAGGCCCUUGAUGAGCUCUGCAUUCUUGUCUGGCGCCUCAUUAGGGCCAAGGAACAGGCCGACAGCGAGGAAUGCGGCCCACACGGCGAAACAGAUGCCGGUGCGGAUGAGAGUCUUGGUGUCUGUUGUUGCCGGUGGCGCAGCUGCUGCAGAGGGCUGUGGGCGAGCGCUGACCCUUGUGGGAGAUGAUGCACCCGCGCGAUGAAGAGUGGGAGAUGAUGCAGGGCCAGAUCUGGCAGGCAAACUGGGACGUUUUAGUGCAGGCUGCGGCAGGAAUGCGUCCGCUGAGUUGUAGAGCAGCAGGCUAGUCAGGAAAAGGGCUCUCAUCUCUUUCUCCUCGCGCCUGUCUGCAAGCUUCUGAUGAGGCUGUAGUUGGUUUUCUUGUGCUCUGCUCAGAC